AGCGCAUCCAGUGCAUUGGGUAUGGAAAUUGGAAAGUAUUAAAGAAAUUAAUCACUGACUCUUUUAUAGGCAGUCUAUCAAAACGAAAGGAUCUCCGUGUCUUAUUACGUACAUCUGGUGUGAAAAAUCUUCUAUAAAACAUUGCAGUUAUAAGAAAAUUAUACCAAAAUGGUGAAUUUAGUUUCUCCUUUGUCAGUAUCUCAAAUGGCAGUCUGGCGAGGGUUGUGGGCUUACGAAGAUGAACCACGGCUGAAUCGGCAAGCUCGUAUGCGUGUGUUGGACAGGCGAGAUUUUCUAGCCCGUAUGAAAUGGGUUUGGGCCUGCAACGGGGCGGUGCCGUCAUCUGCGGUGGCCACCGGUGAAAUUGAUGGCCAGAAGUAUUACAUCGGCAGAGCGCACCACCAGGGUUCAGUGACACCUGGUAUGGUUAUACCCGAGCGAAAGGCUUGCAUCAUUGCUUGGGGUGGAGAUGAACACGAAAAAGAUAUUUACGAGGUACUGUGCAGCGAGGGCAUGUUUGUACCUGUGUCGGAGCGGUGUACCGAAAGUCUGCUGAACGCAAGUUUUGCCGGGAUAUCCGAGAAUGGAGAACCUUUGUUCAUUGGAUUAGUUCAACACGAAGGAAAGCUAAUUUGCGGCAAGGUUCAGCGAUCUCAUGGUGUUUGCUAUAUUGGUUACAAAGGACGAGAAAUGGGCUUCAGCGAAUAUCAAGUCUUUGUAUGCAACACACCUGGUCCACUCGAUUAUCAUUACUGGUAUAUGAGCGAGGAAGAUAAUAAUCACAUUCCUGAGGGUGCCACUGUUGGAGGAUCUGAUAAUAAUGGUUCUUUAUUUAUUGGUCGAGCAGCUCAUCGAGGGUCUAGCACUCCAGGAUUUAUAAGCCCAAUGACGCAGAGAUGUCACAUUGCCUGGGGAUCUCUCGAGCAUAGAAAAAAUAGGUUCGAAUUCCUUUGCAAUUGCAAGGGAAAAUUCGUGCCAGGUCGAGAACAUUUUAUUCCGAUUGGAGCUAUUAGAGGAGGACAAUCGGAGUUUGGAGAGCCACUUUUCAUAGGGCGCGUAAAAAUUAAAAAUCAAUAUAUUUUGGGCAAAGUUCAACCCACGCAUAAAGUGUGCUACAUUCCGUACGAAGGCAACGAAGUAGCGCACAAUAAAUAUGAAAUACUGGUAUUAGAUGAGUUCGCAUAAAAUAAAAAAAAAUAUAUA